AUGAAUGGAAAUGACAAGACAAUUAUUCAAGCUUUCAGGGUGGGGGCACUGAUCUCCGCCUUCCUGGUGGCCAUCAUAGCCCAGGUGGGGCUGGCUGGAAACGCAGUUGUGCUGUGGCUCCUGGGCUUCCGCAUGCGGAGGAACGCCUUCUCUGUCUACAUCCUCAACCUGGCGGGAGCCGACUUCCUCUUCCUCUGCUGCCAGAUUACAGUUUCCCUGUGUAUACUCAUCGGCUACCUCCACUCCGUCCCCAUUUCUACUCCCAGCUUUUUCACCACUGUGCUCACCUUUUCCUACAUCACCGGCCUGAGCUUUCUCAGCACCAUUAGCACUGAGCAUUGCCUGUCCGUCCUGUGGCCCAUCUGGUACCGCUGCCAUCGCCCCAGACACACGUCGGCUGUCAUGUGUGCCCUGCUCUGGGCCCUGUGCCUGCUGCUGAGCAUCCUGCAUGGGAGCUACUGUGGCUUCCUCUUGAGGGAUCAUGACCAAGAUUGGUGUCAAGUAUUUGAUUUCAUCACUGCUGGGUGGCUGAUUUUCUUAUGUGUGCUUCUCUCAGGGUCCAGCCUGGCCCUGGUGACCAGACUGCUGUGUGGUUCCCAGCGGGUGCAGCCGACCAGGCUGUAUGUGACCGUCCUGGUCACAGUGCUGGUCUUUCUCCUCUGCGGCCUGCCCUGGGGCAUCUGCUGGUUCCUUAAAUACUGCAUUAAUAGUGGUUUAGAUGAAUUCUGCUUUCAUCUUUACCUGGUUGCAUUUGUCCUGUCCUGUGUCAACAGCUGCACCAAUCCUAUCAUUUACUUCUUCAUUGGCUCCUUCAGGCAGCGAUGGAGGAAGGGAAGGCAGACCCUGAAGCUGGUUCUCCAGAGGGCUCUGCAGGACACUCCGGAGGAGGAUGAACAUGGAAAACAUCCUUUUCAGGAAACCCUGGAGAUGUCGGGGAGCACUCUGGUGUCUUGA